AUUUGAUAUAAAUAAUUUAAUAUACUUUUCUAGAUGAAAUUCAUUAUGUUUUCCAACCUAAUUGGAACACAUUUUGAGUCUCUAGAGUAUAUGAGGUAACAGGAUUAUGAUCUGGAGGGAACAACUGGAAUCGACCUUGAAUCUCCAUAUUGAU